AUGAACAAGAUUAAUAUUUUUAAAGAGAAAUUAAAUAAUGAAAACAAAAAUACUAAUAUUAAUAAUAAUAAUAAUAAUCAAGAUCCAACCACCUCCUCUAAAAGACCAUCACUAUUAAUAUAUCCAACAAUCAAGAAAAUACAACCAAAACAAGCACCUCUAUUACCAAUACUACAAAACAAUGAUAAUAAAGAAAAUAAAAGAAAUCAACCUUUAUCUCAACCAUCCACUACUUCAACAUCAACUUUGCCAUCAUCACAACAUCAACUGACAUCUUCAUCAUCAUCCCAACAAAAUGUUUAUGGAUUAUUUAGUAAAGGUAGAAGAUCAAAAUCAAUAGGUACAUUUAAACCAAAUUAUCAAACUAAUAGUAAUAUUAAUAAUAAUAAUAGUGUAAAGUUAUUUAAUGAAGCUGCUUUCUUUAGUGAUGAUGAUGAUAUUGAUGGUAGUGGAGGUGGAGAUUUGGAAAUGAAUGAUGUUGUUGUUCAAAAGCAACAACAACAGCAGCAUCAUCAGAAUAAAACAUCCACUUCAAAUACAAAUGUUGCUUAUAUUCCACAACAACAACAACAACCAAGCAAUACAAAACCAAAGCCUGUAUCUCUUCGAUUGAAUCAAAAGGUGAAUACUUCAACCAAUAUCAAUACUUCAUCAAACAAACCAUCUCAACAAUUUCACCAACAACUACAACAACAAAUUCAACCACCACCAUCAUCAUUUACAUCACCACAAAGAAACAAGAAUAAUACACCAUACCAUAUACUUCAAUUAGAACAAUUAAAAUUAAAGUCUGCCAAUGAACCAAACAACAUGAAAAAGGAUUUGGAAACAUUCUUUACAAUGGAAAAGAAACAACCAUCAGAUACCAAGAUUUUAAAGUUUAUCGAAACCGAAAAAGAUAUCAUCAAAUCAUUAGAUGAUUACCAAUCAGUAAUGGAAAGUCAAUUUGAAAUUUUAAAAGAAACUUGUAAUUAUUCUGAUCAACUUGUCAAAAUUGUUACUGGAUGGUUACAUGAUCAAUGUCAAUGA